GCGCGCUGAACCACGCUCAAGCAGACAGAGACCUGGAGAAGCUUGAUCGAAACGAACGAACUGCACGAGCGCUCGUGACUCUGAUCAACCUUUUCUCCGCGAUGGAUAAAGAUGGUGAUGGCACCAUCACCCUGGCGGAAAUGAAGGCGGUACCUCCGAACCUGCUCCCAGCAGAAAUCUUCCAGCAAGACCAGUCGGCGACCAUCCAAGAGGUGUUCGAGGCCCUGGACGUUGACGAUCAGGGCACCAUCGAUCAGCGAGAGUUUGUGGAGGGCCUGUUGGCAGUUUUCCUCCAAGACAUGCCGUUGGACCGACUUGAAGUUCUGAAGCUUCUGCGAAAGCAGAACCAGAGGUUGGAAGAGAUCCAGCAGGUUCUACGGCCGCGACGGCUGAUGCAGAGUUCUGCUGAGGAUUCAAAUUCCCUUGUGGCUGUAUGA